CAUCAGCUGCAGGUGGAGACGCUGAAGAAACAGGUGCAGGAGCUCUGGAGCCGGCUGCACGUCAACGGGAAGCUGACGUCUCUGCCGGACGGAGAGAAUAACGGGAACACCGAUCUCCUGUCCGAGUCCAGCUGGGAACAGAUCGAACAACAGGACGCAGAGUGGUUCUCGGAUCACGCGGCGUCCCGCUGCUACGGGUGCGAGAGGACGUUCUGGCUGGCGGCGAGGAAGCAUCACUGCAGCGGCAGAGAGCCGGUUGAGGCCUGGAACUGUGGGAAUGUUUUCUGCACUAGCUGCUGCGACCAGAAGGUGACGGUGUCGAGUCAGAAGCACGUGUGUCAGGCGUGUUACGUUCACCUGCGGCCCUCCGCCGUCCCUCCGGCGCUCCCCCCCGCCGAGCUGGAGCUGGAGAAACCCAUCACCGCCAGCUCCAACUGAACAAACCCACUCGACCGAAACGAGCUUACUCGCUCAGAACGACUGGCUUCUGUGCAACACUAAACCAGAUGUUUAGCAUCUGGGCUCGGAGUCAAAUUUCUUACAAUUCGAAGUUGUUCAAAAGUGCAAUUCAUGGAAAAAAAAUGCAACUGUUUUCUUAAGAACCUCUUAUUUUUUUCUUAAGGGGAGACACUGCGGGGCAAAAGCACUGGGUUUUUUUCACGCACCUGUCAAUUUUCAGAUCUUAUAGUGUUUUUUCAGACUAGCGGAAAGAAAACAUGUUAAGUGUUUCUUUUAUAGCACUUGAUCUAUUUCUGUCAAUACAUAUUUUUAAAGGCCGUUUUCUUAAAAAUGAGUUUUUCUCCCACACGGAGCCAUGAAUCUGCACUUCAGCAGCACUUACACACACCAAGCGUUACAUUUUU